AUGGUGCAUUCUCAAGAAAAAUAUGACAUUGUCAUCGUGGGCGCCGGCCCCGUCGGUCUGCUCUUGUCCCUGUGCAUGUCGCGCUGGGGCUACAAGGUCAAGCACAUCGACAACCGCCCCGUGCCGACCGCCACCGGCCGCGCCGAUGGCAUCCAGCCGCGGUCAACCGAGAUCCUGCGCAACCUGGGCCUGAAGCGGCCCAUCAUGGCUUACGAGCCGGCCAAGGUGUACGACGUUGCCUUCUGGGACCCCAAGGGCGACGGCAGCGGGAUCCACCGCACAGGAAGCUGGCCCAGCUGUCCCCGCUUCAUCGACACCCGCUACCCGUUCACCACCCUGGUCCACCAGGGGAAGAUCGAACGGGUCUUCCUGGACGAGAUCGAGAAGGCCGGUACUCAUGUGGAGCGGCCGUGGACCAUUGUUGGCUUCAACAACGACGGCCGCGACCCGGAGUACCCGGUCGAGGUGAGCCUCAAGUGUCUCGACACCAACGUGAUCGACGUCAUGCGCACCAAGUACCUGUUCAGUGGUGAGGGAGCCCGCAGUUUUGUCCGUGAGCAGCUCGGUAUCCAAAUCCACCACAAGGAUCCCAUCGCCUACGUCUGGGGUGUCAUGGACGGCGUUGUCCGCACCAACUUCCCUGAUAUCGAGACAAAAUGCACUAUCCACUCCGACGCUGGCUCGAUCAUGGUCAUCCCUCGUGAGGACAAUAUGGUCCGCCUCUAUGUUCAAAUUGCAUCGUCUUCAGACCCCGACUGGAACCCUCGCAAGACGGCGACUGCCGAGCAGGUCCAGCAGACGGCGAGGAACAUUCUCAGCCCUUACUGGAUUGAGUGGGACCGUGUCGAGUGGUACUCGGUGUACCCCAUCGGCCAGGGUAUCGCGGAGCGGUACAGCCUGGACCAGCGAGUGUUCAUGGGAGGCGAUGCCUGCCACACCCACAGCCCCAAGGCUGGUCAGGGUAUGAACACUGCAUUCCACGACGCCCUCAACAUGGCCUGGAAGCUCCACGCCGUGGAGUCUGGCCUCGCCAAGCAGUCGAUCCUGAGCACCUACGAGACCGAGCGCAAGGAUAUUGCCGAGAUGCUGCUGGACUUUGAUGCCAAGUACGCGUCUUUGUUUUCCAAGCGCCGCCCCAAUGCUGGUGAGGUUGGCUCUGCCAGCAAUGUCGCCCUCACCGCGGGUGGCGAGGAAGACGAAUUCGUCAAGACCUUCAAGUCGUCUUGCGAGUUCACCAGCGGCUACGGCGUUGCCUACAAGCCCAACAUCUUCAAUUGGGACUCCAACCACCCUGCCAAGUCGGCCCUGUUCAACGUCCCCGGUGCCCGCCUGACUCCCGGCCGGGCAUUCACCCCAACGACCGUGACCCGUCUAGCCGACGCCAACUUCGUCGAGCUGGAGCAGGAAGUUCCCGCGAACGGCGCGUUCCGCAUCUUCAUUUUUGCCGGCCUGCAGGGCAAGACCAAGAAGGCGAUCGCAGACCUGGCCCUGAACCUGGAGAAGGAGCGCUCCUUCCUGUCGAUGUACCGCCGGCCCGACAUUGCCGACGUCUCAUUCUUCGAGCGCCACAACCCGCACUCCAAGCUCUUCACCCUGUCCGUCAUCUACGCCGCCGCCAAGAACGACAUCGACGUCGAGCUCAUCCCCCAGGUUCUGCGCGAUUACCACCACCACAUCUACGCUGACGACAUCCCCGAUGUGCGUGUCCCUCAUGCCAAGUUCUCUGCCCACGAGAAGUUGGGCCUUAACCCCGAGCAGGGUUGUGUCGUGGUCACUCGGCCUGACAGCCACGUUGCCUGCACCGUGCAGCUGGUGGAGGGCAGUGGCACCGUUGAUGCUCUGAAUGAGUACUUCAACUCGUUCUCGGCCAAAUCCCUAGGCCAGGACUCGCAGCAGAGCCGUCUUUGA